ACUUCAGUUUUCUUCAAGACAACUGUGUACUCAGAAAAAAACGAGCUCCGACUGGGAUACAUCGUUUUGAACGGUCAGCCAACUCGGAAUUCAUAGUCGGAAACACGGGUAUAUUUAUAGAGCCCCGACUUUCCGACCUGAAGAUCACUGACGUCAUGAUUUGACCUCAUUUUAUUCCCAGUUGUCGUGAACGCACUAAAGUCGCAAGUCAGAGAUUUUUGAGUUCCCGGUUGUCUUGAACGUGGCAGUAAACACAAAGAGGAAGGGCCUGACGUCAGGGCCUAUCUGAGCAUGCGCUGUUAUGUGUUCAGUCAACCCCGUGCCUAUCUGAAGACUACAUAAUACACGCUCUUUCUGUAUCAACAGACAUUGCUAUCUGACAGCCCCAUACACUGGCGCAGGAGACUACAAGAAUAGUUAUUUUCUACCUACUAAGAACUGGACCAACACACAUCGCACGCUCCUUUCGGCUUCAUUUGAAGGUUGUUGUUCGGGUUUAACCUACCUUUGGCUGUAUCAGCCCUAACCAACCCUAACCUCACCAGCACCGCCACGGGGACUUUACCAUAACCCUGAAGGGAAACGGGUCCUGCCGGUGUUCCUUCCCCAGGACAGCCCUCCCACACAGAUGCACCCCGCUGCCCAGCUCGACAGGAGCGAUGGGAUGUGUCAACUAGAUGACACAGUCCUGGACCAUGUAAGGGAGCUGAAGGCGCAAUCUGCAGUGUUUCUACCGGAGAGAGCGACGGGGAGAGUGAGGGAGGAGGAGGAGCGAGGAAUGGGCAUGGGGAAGAAUAUCACCUCUAAGUCGAUGGAGGGAGAAGGGGCGAAGUAUGAGGAGGAGAACAAACACAGAGCAGACUUCUACCCCAUUCCGGUGGUGGUUAACGGAGUGGGACAGGCCGCUGGAGAGCAGGACACUGAAGACACUGAGCUGAUGGCCGUCUACACUAAAGAGAACCAGGGAGGAGAGAAAAGUUCCAUGUCGGAGACGUUGGACAGUGCAGACAGUAUGGACGCCAGGAGAAUGGACAUGAUCUACACCAUUGAAGACACCCCUCCCUGGUACCUGUGUAUAUUCCUGGGCUUACAGCACUACCUGACAUGUUUCAGUGGUACCAUUGCGGUGCCAUUCCUGCUAGCUGAAGCCAUGUGUGUAGGGUUUGACCAGUGGGCUACCAGUCAGCUCAUAGGAACUAUCUUCUUCUGUGUGGGAAUCACCACCCUGCUACAGACUACACUGGGCUGCAGACUUCCUCUGUUCCAGGCAAGUGCCUUUGCCUUCCUGGCUCCCGCCAGAGCAAUCCUGUCACUAGACAAGUGGAAGUGCAACGCUACAGUGGUUCCUUCCAUGUUCAACGAGACUGAGCUGCUCAACACUGAACACAUCUGGCAUCCCCGGAUACGAGAGAUCCAGGGGGCUAUUAUUGUGUCGUCUCUGAUAGAGGUGUGUAUUGGCUUCCUGGGGCUCCCUGGGCUCUUGUUGAAAUACAUCGGGCCCCUAACUAUCACCCCGACUGUGGCUCUCAUCGGCCUGUCUGGCUUCCAGGCUGCAGGGGAGAGAGCAGGGAAACACUGGGGCAUCGCCAUGCUGACUAUAUUCCUGGUGUUGUUGUUCUCUCAGUAUGCGAGGAACGUACAGCUUCCUCUGCCCAUCUACAAGGCUAAGAAAGGUUGGACCUCUUAUAGAUUACAGCUCUUCAAGAUGUUCCCUAUCAUCAUGGCCAUCCUGGUGUCAUGGCUGAUUUGUUUUAUCUUUACCGUAACCAAUGUUUUCCCACCGGAGAAAGACAAGUACGGUUACUACGCCCGCACCGACGCACGCCAGGGGAUACUGGCAGCCGCACCCUGGUUCAAGAUCCCCUACCCCUUUCAGUGGGGUGUUCCUACGGUGACAGCGGCGGGGGUGAUCGGUAUGUUCAGUGCCGUGGUCGCCAGCAUCAUUGAGUCCAUUGGAGACUACUACGCCUGUGCCCGCCUCUCCUGUGCCCCCCCACCCCCCAUUCAUGCCAUCAACAGGGGUAUAUUUAUGGAAGGUCUCUCCUGCGUGUUGGAUGGGCUGAUGGGGACAGGAAACGGCUCUACUUCCUCCAGUCCUAAUAUAGGCGUGCUAGGCAUCACUAAGGUGGGCAGCCGGCGUGUGAUCCAAUACGGUGCUGCUAUGAUGCUACUGCUAGGGCUGGUGGGUAAAUUCAGCGCGUUGUUCGCCUCCCUGCCUGACCCUGUCCUGGGGGCGCUGUUCUGUACCCUGUUUGGGAUGAUUACAGCUGUGGGAUUGUCCAACCUGCAGUUUGUAGACCUCAACUCCUCCAGGAACCUUUUUGUUCUGGGCUUCUCCAUCUUCUUUGGCCUGGUGCUGCCCAGCUACCUCAAACAGAACCCUCUGGUCACUGGUAUAGUGUCGAUUGACCAGGUGUUGAACGUCCUCCUGACCACAGCCAUGUUCGUUGGGGGGUCAGUGGCAUUUGUGCUGGACAACACUAUCCCUGGUACGCCGGAGGAGCGAGGGAUCAGGAAGUUGAAGCGUGGGUCGGGACCCAGUACUGCGGAGCUGGAGGGGAUGAGAACCUACGACCUCCCGUUCGGCAUGGACUUCCUGCGCCGCCACACCGUCUUCCAGUACUUCCCCAUCAGCCCCACCUUCAGCGGCUACCAGUGGGGCGCGAUCCGCAAGGCCUGCAGACUUAGGGGGGGACGGGGGGGGGCAGGGAAGGCAGCCGAGAUGGAGGGAAUCACAGAACCAGGGGAGAGCGGGGUAUAGCAGACUGGUAGAACCGGGCUGGAGGGAAGAGAGAUGGAGUUUGGUACCAUGGAAGGAAGGGAGGGGUGGAGGGUUUUGGGUAGCGUCAGUGCAGUGUGACAUGCUCGACCCUGUCUUGUAUGUGUGUCUGUAUAACACUGUCAAUGGCCUAUUCAUGCUGUUAUUAGCAUGUUACAACCAGUGUCAUGAGUGUGUAAUAACAGAUGUCCUUAUAGAUGAAGUUUCAGAGGGAGUUGCAACAUGCUCUUGUCUCUCUCUAGUAUGUGAGCAAAAGAGCAUAGGAAUGCCUUAGACAGCCCAUUACUGAGGUCCCUCUCUCCCCAUUGCACUAUUUCUUCUGGAUCUUCAGUUAACACUUAUUUUCUCAGUUAACCUGUCUACAUCAGUCAAUCUGUCUACGUUCAUUCCAAGGGGAAUGGUAAGAAAAGGUUUGUUCUCUGCUGUUUAACCAAAAUCCCAGUGGCCUCUGUGUGUAUUUGUGUGCCCACCCAUGACAUUGUGAUGGGGUUGAGUGUGUCACUUGCGCUGGCACAUUUCCUGUUUCCGGACAGAUGGACAGAGACAGACAGAUGGAUGGACAGUAUCUCGUUUACGGCAAAAGUUUAAAGUUGAAUGAUUGCCACCUUACAGACCCAUUGAGAAUCAGACGCAGCUGGUCAGUCAGCCCUGUUUAGCAAACCUACACUUCCCAAGGGGGUUAUGGGAAAUGUAGUCUCCUGUUGAAAGGGGAUUGGAUGGAAUUGAGGCUUUAUGAAAAUUCAUAUUAGACUAAUAAUUGGCCUGCAAACUAAAUGUACACACACACACACACACACACACACACACACACACACACACACACACACACACACACACACACACACACACACAGGCAAGCACACUACCAAAUACAAGCAAGGCAAGGUCAUGCAGAUACUGUUGAUGAAAGUGGCUUGUCAGACCUUAGCCAUGCAAAGUGAUUGUGGUGUUCGUUUUACAUUAUUAGAGUUAAGGCACAGAAUGUUUACUGGAACCUGCUCCUCUAUUUGGCUUCUAUUACCCGUUUAAGUCAAACACACAAUUAGGGCUGUUAUGGUGACCGUAUUACCACACCACCGGCAGUCACGAGUCAUGACCGCAGUCAAAUUCCACGUGACCGCUGAGUCAUGGAAACUAGGCUUCUCCAAAACUGCGCUUUGAUGGUCAUUAAUAGCCUACCAAAUUUGCAAAAAGUCACAGCCUUGUACUCAGCGCUGUAUUGUCCCUCUAAUCACUCUGACAUCAAUGCAAAUGUAAUCAAAAAUUAAAUGAAACACUUAAUGAGAGCCCUGGAAUUCAGAGUUGGAGCGGAAUAGGAUCACCUUUGUGCAGCUAGAUAUAACCAGCUCAACCUGAACUCAAGGGUAGACGUAACAUAGUAAAUGUAAAUCCGAGACACUCCAUUUAGUACAUUACAUUUCAUAUGGUAUGUAUUCAUUUGCUGUGAUAGCCAUACCAAACGUAACACAUACUAAUUAGUGUCCCAGAUAUACGUUUACUACACAACAUGAACAAAUACUACACAACAUGACCAAAAGUAUGUGGAUACCUGCUCGUCAAACAUCUCAUUCCAAAAUCAUGGGCAUUAAUAUGGAGUUUGCCCCCCCUUUGCUGCCACAACAGCCUCCACUCUUCUGGGAAGGCUUUCCACUAGAAGUUGGAACAUUGCUGCGUGGACUUGCUUCCAUUCAACAACAAGAGCAUUAGUGAGGUCGGGAACUGAUGUUGGGCGAUUAGGCCUGGCUCGCAGACAGCAUUCCAAUUCAUCCCAAAGGUGUUCGAUGGGGUUGAAGUCAAGGCUCUGUGCAGGCCAGUUAAGUUCUUCCACACCGAUCUAGACAUUUCUGCAUGGACCUCGCUUUGUACAUGGGGGCAUUGUCAUGCUGGGCCUUCCCCAAACUGUUGCCACAAAGUUGGAAGCUACAGAAUCAUCUAGAAUGUCAUUUUAUGCUGUAGCAUUGAUUUCCCUUCAAUGGAACUAAGGGACCUAGCCCGAACCAUGAAAAUGGCCCCAGACCAUAAUUCCUCUUCCACCAAACUUUACAGUGGGCACUAUGCAUUCGGGCAGGUAGCGUUCUCCUGGUAUCCGCCAAACCGAAAUUCGUUCGUCAGACUGCCAGAUGGUGAAUCGUGAUUCAUUACUCCAGAGAACGAAUUUCCACUGAUCCAGAGUCCAAUGGCGGUGAGCUUUACACCACUCCAGCUGAGGCUUGGUAUUGCGCAUGAUGAUUUGAGGCUUGGAAACCUAUUUCAUGAAGCUCCCGACACACAGUUAUUGUGCUGACGUUGCUUCCAGAGGCAGUUUGAAGACAGACAAUUUUUACGUGCUACGCACUUCAGCACUCGGUGGUCCCAUUCUGUGAGCUUGUGUGACCAACCACUUCAGGGCUGAGCCGUUUUUUAGCCUAGACGUUUCCACUUCAGAAUAGCAGCCCUUACAGUUGACCAUGUCAGUUCUAAUAGGGCAGAUAUUUAACGAACUGACUUGUUGGAAAGGCGGCAUCCUAUGACGGUGCCACGUUGAAAGUCACUGAGCUCUUCAGUAAGGACAUUCCACUGCCAAUGACUGUUUAUGGAGUUUGCAUGGCUGUGUGCUCGAUUUUAGAAAACCGGUGAAAUAGCCAAAUCCACAAAUUUUGAAGGAGUGUCCACAUACUUUUGUAUAUAUAGUGUAUGUUAUGUCUAGUCUAUGAGACCAUGCUGCAUAGCUGGGGUUUUAUUUUUGCCCCCGCUACGGACGGCUAUACCGUAUCGGCUAUAUCAUAUUGGUUCGCUAAUACAAGACUAGGAAAAGACCCAGUGCACUACAUUUGUGAUUGUUAUAUAUACAGUACCAGUCAAAAGUUUGGACCCCAACUCAUUCAAGGGUUUUUCUUUAUUUUUACUAUUUUCUACAUUGUAGAAUAAUAGUGAAGACAUCAUAACUAUGAAAUAACACAUAUGGAAUCAUGUAGUAAGUAAAAAAGUGUUAAACAAAUAAAAAUAUAUGUUAGAUUCUUCAAAGUAGCCACCCUUUGCCUUGAUGACAGCUUUGCACAUGCUUCACCUGGAAUGCUUUUCCAACAGUCUUGAAGGAGUUCCCACAUAUGCUGAGCACUUGUUGGCUGCUUUUCCUUCACUCUGCUGUCCAACUCAUCCCAAACCAUCUCAAUUGGGUUAAGGUUGGAUGAUUGUGGAGGCCAGGUCAUCUGAUGUAGCACUCUAUCAAUCUCCUUCUUCGUCAAAUAGCCCUUACACAGCCUGGAGGUAUGUUGGGUCAUUGCCCUGUUGAAAAACAAAUGAUAGUCCCACUAAGCGCAAACCAGAUGGGUUGGUGUAUCGCUGCAGAAUGCUGUGGUAGCCAUGUUGGUUAAGUGUGCCUUGAAUUCUAAAUAAAUCACAGACAGUGUCACCAUCACACCACCACCUCCAUGCGUCACGGUGGGAACCACACAUGCGGAGAUUAUCCGUUCACCUACUCUGCGCCUCAUCAAAGACACAGCGUUUGGACCAAAAAUCUCAAAUUUGUAUUUCAGACCAAAGGACAGAUUUCCACCGGUCUAAUGUCCAUUGCUCAUGUUUCUUGGCCCAAGCAAAUCUCUUCUUCUUAUUGGUGUCCUUUAGUAGUGGUUUCAGCAAUUUGACCAUGAAGGCCUGAUUCACACAGUCUCCUCUGAACAGUUGAUGUUGAGAUGUCUGUUACUUGAACUCUGAAGCAUUUAUUUGGGCUGCAAUUUCUGAGGCUGGUAACUCUAAUGAACGUAUCCUCUGCAGCAGAGGUAACUCUGGGUAUUCCUUUCCUGUGGCGGUCCUCAUGACAGCCAGUUUAUCAUAGCGCUUGAUGGUUCUUGAAAUGUUCCAGAUUGACUGACCUUCAUGUCUUAAAGUAAUGAUGGACUGUUUCUCUUUGCUUAUCUGAGCUCUUCUUGCCAUAGUAUAGACUUGGUAUAGACCAAAUAGGGCUAUCUUCUGUAUACCACCCCUACCUUGUCACAACACAACUGAUAGGCUCAAACGCAUUAAGAAGGAAAGAAAUUCCACAAAUUAACUUUUAACAAGGCACACAUGUUAAUUGCAUUCCAGGUGACUACCUCAUGAAGCUGGCUGGGAGAAUGCCAAGAGUGUGCAAAGCUGUCAUAAAGGCAACGGGUGGCUUCUUUGAAGAAUCUCAAAUAUAAAAUAUAUUUUGAUUUCUUUAACACUUUUUUGAUUACUACAUGAUUCCAUAUGUGUUAUUUCACAGUUUUGAUGUCUUCACUAUUAUUCUAGAAAAUAGUAAAAAUAAAGAAAAAAUCUUGAAUGAAUAGGUGUGUCCAAACUUUAGACUGGUACUGUAUAUAUUUUCUAAAAUAAUCUGAUUUUUCCACACGCUCAGCACCCCUAGGCCUAUAGGCAUGCAUUUUUUUGCAACUUUUUCAAAUCAUAGUCCCAUGUAUCAUGUAGCCUAGCCCAUAGAAUAUAUGUUUUGAGAAGGUUUGUCUCACAACUAAAGUGGCCAAAUAACUCUAAGCAUAGCCUAUAGCCCUUGUAUCCCUGGAACAGGGUUGGAGAGCCCAUAGCCUACAGACACUAUAGUGAAACAUGUAUUCUUAUAAACCCAGUCAUCGUGUGUGAAAGCAGAGUUUUGGCGACUAUUUAAAAGAGGAUCCUAGCUUUCAAGCGCUGCUUUAUUUAUUGUUCAAUUCUUAAAAUUAAGUACAUUAAUCCGCUUUACAGCUGGUGUAGCCUAUCUGGCAUAUUAAAAACAAAACUGCACAACCGCCAUUUGCUAUUCGAGUGCAGGCUUCGGAUUACAUGUUGAUUUUUUUUGUGAGCCAUUCAUUUCAAAAUAAUUCCACUCAUUUAUCAUAUGUGAAAGACCAGAUUCAAUUGAAAAUAGGCUGUGUGAGAAUAUUAUCAAGCGCUUGACAAAUUGCGAAUGAGAGACUGAUGAAGUGUGUGCAGCCUGCGCAAGAAACAGAGCGCAUGCCUUUUGUGCAACUUUUUUCAAAUCAUCAUUAGAGCAUUUUUCAGCCUUUGGCUAUAUGUUUUGAUUUCUAAUACAUUGUAAGGUUUGUAUCACAACUACAGUUGCAUAAAUAACUCUAAACUUAGCAUAUAGGAGGACUUGUUUCAAGUUAUCACUUUGUUAACCGCUCAACACAGGAUAGGGAGUGCAACACGUGUGCACUCACACAUAAUUCGACAAGAAUUCUAAGCAAAUCUUGUGUGUUAAAUGAACUAGUGUAACCCACAGCCAUAUGGCAUAGCCAGAUCAGGGCCUAAUAAGGAUGACUCAGAAUAUACUAUUCUGUUCUUCUGAAAUAGGCUACAUCUUCAUAUAAUUUCUUUAGACCUGCCUAAAAUAGGCUAUAUUACAUGGAUUUAUUAAACUUUUUAAAAUGUAGAUGUUCCAAAGGUCCACAUCAGUGGCUUGUAGACUAUGCGUGGAAGCCCGGAGAUGCUAAACGUGUUUAUGUUAAUUAAAGGUUAUUUUAACGUGAACCCAGCAAUUAUUUGCAUUGCAGUUAGGCUGACAAAAUGUCAUGACUGCCACUGCCCUACACACAACACAACUGAUCUCCCAACAAACUGUCAAUGUCCUCCACUGGACAGAGGGCCCGGUCCCAAAUCAACCCCUAGUCUUAGACACUUCUCCUAGUCCCCUAGUCCUGGACACUUCUCCUAGUCCUGGACACUUCUCCAAGUCCCCUAGUUCUGGACACUUCUCCAAGUCCCCUAGUUCUGGACACUUCUCCAAGUCCCCUAGUUCUGGACACUUCUCCAAGUCCCCUAGUUCUGGACACUUCUCCAAGUCCCCUAGUUCUGGACACUUCUCCAAGUCCCCUAGUUCUGGACACUUCUCCAAGUCCCCUAGUUCUGGACACUUCUCCAAGUCCCCUAGUUCUGGACACUUCUCCAAGUCCCCUAGUUCUGGACAUUUCUCCAAGUCCCCUAGUUCUGGACACUUCUCCAAGUCCCCUAGUUCUGGACACUUCUCCAAGUCCCCUAGUCCUGGACACUUCUCCUAGCACCCUAUUCUUGGACACAUCUAAAUUCCCUCUCAUGAUCUGAAAGAACUAGAAUGGAUGUAUAGAAAUAUCAUGGUAACAACCCUCCUAAAGGGUUAGUUGAAGCUAGUAGGCCACCACUUUUGAUUACACCUGUCUGUUUCUUUCACAUCCAGGAGGGGCCAUGAAGAAGAGUCUAGUCCAUGGGUAUGAGCUAGUGCUGGGGAAGAGGGCUUGAUUUGUGACUGGAAAUGAGGGUCAAAGUUUAUAUGUUCACCCAGUCAGCUUGCAGGCCUUACUGUGUCAGUAUUAUCUUUCGCAGCUUUAACUACCACCACCAAAACCAGCUCUCUCAUGAACGCGUACUCCCUCAUCCAGCUGCUCUUAUUACUACUGGAAUUUCAAGGUUGACUUAUAAGCUGCUUGUAAGACAUUAUUGAAUAGUUUAACUCGUAAUAACUAUUUGUAAGUCAUUGCUGUAAGUAAGUUGUUCAUGUAUUUAUUAACCUGUAAGGAUCUAUAAUCAUAUAAAUAACAAGCAACAGGCUAUAUACAAUCUAAUGGUUAACCAACUGUGUAAUAAUGUUCAUAAGCAGUUCAUAAGCACGCUUUCAAAAGCAUUCAUACUUUUUUUUAUAUAUCGGCUACAAACGCUUUAGCACGAAGCAGAAUGCACUUGGAUUUCUAGUUGUGCGAUCACACCAUUGUUUUUAAAAUGUUUACUUUUUUUUCUAACUCACUGAUAUCCUUCAUUUUGCCAAUGUGUGUUGGAUGCAUACUUAGACUAGUGUUGUGUAGUGUUUGUCAGCACAUGCAUGGGGGAUAGGUGGUUUGACCACUGCCCGGGCCACAGCCUGAGUAAAGAUCAUGCUAUGAUUUAAGGCUUAUGUGCAGAGUAACACCAGUGCAUGGUUUACAAAGGAAGGAAGAGGAGAGAUACUCCACAGAUUUAGCUAGGCAAAUGACCAGAAAAACCUUUUGUACCCAGAUGCCUGACUGAAAGUGAGAAAUAGUGAAAGAAAAGAGAGGCGAUUUUAAAGUGCCAAUCGCAUCCCUGAUUUCUGUCCUGCCCUCUGCUCUGUCCUACUCUGCUACAGAUGUCAGGUGGUCUACUGUUCUGUUCAAGUGAACAUGUUUGAUUUACAGACACGGCACCAUAACAGUAUUUUCAGGUUUAAGGGUUGGGUGUGUAAUGAAGGGGGUAUUUUCAAAUGUUUAUAGGGGAGGGGGAGAGGGCUUGUGGCUGUAUUCUUUUUCAUUUUUUUUCAAUGGCUCACAGACUACAAUCUUAUCCUGCACCUAUUGAUUACUAUCAUUGUUAUGAAUGUUACUAGUGUCAUUGUUCAUAUUGUUGGCAUUGUUCACUUAUUUGUGAACAGUGUAACCCCCCCUCCCCCCAAAUCCUCUCUCCAUCCCUCAUGUGUGGUAGAAUGUUUCAGAGCUGGGGUCAAGUUCAUGUCAAUAAUUCACAACUGAGGGUGCAUCAGAAAUGGCACCCUAUUCCCUAUAUUGUGCACUGUACUACAUAAGGAAUAGAAUGCCAUUUGGGACAAACUUAGUGUGAUUGACAUGGAGGCGACUCUUUGGAACCUCUGCUAUGUGUGUUUGCACUGGAGUGCUGUGUGUUACUGUGUGAGCCGUCAUCCAUAGAAAACCAAUGGUUGACUGUUGAGGUAGGGUUGAAUUGGGACUCCUUCUGGCCAGUGUGGUUGACUAUCGUAAGCCUACAUAAGACUUAACAACAUUAACAAGAUGCACCAAUUCAGACUGAACCGAAAUGCAAAAAAAAGCACCUGUCCUUUCUUCAUUCUUUCUCAAACUAUUUCUCUUGCUCUUCUAUUUGCUGCACCAAAACAAUGAGCGUGGGAGUAUUCACUUGUUCACAAAUGCAGAAAUUAAAAAAAAUGUUAAGUAACAUUUCAGAUUUACUUUGUUUUAUCUUGUUGAUUAUUUUAUUUAGUUAUGAUUAGUAAGAAAGUAAUUGUUUAGUGAAAUUUAUGUGAAGAGUAUUUGUGGGCCUUAUGCACAAUGUCAGAAAGAUAUUUAUCCGUUUUAGAAUUGACUUGUUCUGGCCCUUUAAUAAUGUUGUUCUGAUUUUCUGUUGUAGCAGAGAGAUAAUGAUAGUGUUCGUCUCCACAGGCAGCAGGUUGAACUGAACAUGACUCAGUUAGGCCCUCGAACUAGACCCGGCGGUGUGAGGGAAAAGGAGAACACCUUGAACAUUCUGCUCUGAACAGACUAACGAUAGUCAGGGUGUGGAGAGAAGAGGGUAGUCAAUGGUUUUGUACCAGUGUUUGAUAUGGCAGCAUGCUUGGUGCUGCCUUCCUCUGCCCUGUAGAGCUAGGAACAGUGGAUACGAUAGACGGAAUAGACCAGUCCUUCAACUUGCUCAACUCCCCCCCCCCACGCCUGCAGUGCAGAUAUGGUGUCUGUGUCCUCCCUGUUUAAGUGUGCCUGUUUUCGAGAGAGAAUGUCUGAAAUGGCAUGUUGUCCACUAGGGGAGUAGGGUGUUAAUUCAGCUUCAGCCCAUAGACCACCUCAUUUGAAGCCAAUGCCUCACCUCUGUAUGAGCUUGAACUCAUUCUCAAUGUUAAAAACCAUGCCCCACGAACCAGGUCAUGGUAUGCCCAUCUCUAUGACACAAAGAGAUAUAUCCCUUUCAGUUAUUUUGAAGGGGAAACUACCUGAAGAAUAUACAUUUCUCUUUCCCAAGUUUUUUAUCUUUUUAAAGGUUUUUUCUUUUUUUUUAAUACAUUGUUAUGUUUAUUACAGACACAUGUUUGUAAGAAAAUAAAUCAUGCAUUUUAAUAUUUUAUUGUCAUGAUGCAAUGUGCACCAUUUAUUACAUUUUUAUUUAAUUAAAAUAAAGAAAAUACAUUUAUUUUAAUUUUAAAAUCUGUAGUUUGGUGGAAUACUUUUGCUAGUUAGAAUUUUUUUAAUAUUGUAUAUUUCCAACAUUGCUUCCUGUUAUGUUAAUAAAGUGUUCCUACAAAUUUAGAAACACCUGACAAACUUUAAACAGAUGUAAAAAAAUAUAUAUAUAAAUGUAUAUUGAAUUGAGUAGGCUACAGUGUGCGGAAAACUUCUGGACCAGGCAUUGUGUAUACUAAUAGUAGCAACAAAAUGUUAUAUUCUUUGUUCCUAAAACUAUUUAAUAAGAUGUUACAGAAUUAA